AUGGAGGCUGACUUUCAGAAACUCAAGCUUCGAUCGAGCAAUUUGUCCACAGUCCACGAGUUCGAUGAACGAAGCACACUAACAAAGGAAAAUGUCAAACUUUUGGAGAAGCAGAAGAUGCUCCAAAAAUACAUGGAUGACACGGGAUUGAGUGCUGGAAACUUUGAAGAAGACCGCUUCUUUGACGAGGAUUACGGGGACGAUUUUGAUGACGAUGCGGAUGGGGAAGGUAAUAACGGCUUCGAUUUCGAUGCCCAAAUAAAGAAGCAAAUCGAGUCCCAAGGCCAAAGGAAACAGCAUGUAAAACAGCAAGAACAAGAAUGGCCUCAGAGCAGGCAGCGUAAGUCUGCUUUGAGAUCCAGCAUGGCAACGCCAAUAGGAAGCCACGUUUAUACCCUUGUGGAUAAACCGACGGUUGAGCAUGGCUCUAUAUCUUCCUUUUCUUCAAGAACCCCAUCUUCUGUUCAAUCACAGUACUCAGAAAGUGAUACCGAAAACAGUGACUACGCGGCAGACUACGAUGAUUUCGAAGAGGUUGGUAAGACUUUGAACUUGCAGGAAAAGUUUCGCCGCAAACAACAGGAAGCCAAACAACAUGUCGAGGAGGAACGACUUUUGAGACGCAAACAAAACACUAACUCAAGGAGUAAACUCCCCAGAUCGGACUCGCGAUUAGCACAACACUACGACGUUGACGAUAUAACAAACGAUGCCGACUUCGAAGAUCUCAACUACAUUGAUCCUUCCAAGAUAUAUCGAUUCAAAGCAAACCCUUCUCCUUCAUCCCACGGUUACUUAGAUAGGAAAAAAUCUCUGCCUGUGAUGAGAGUGGUCACCAGCGUAGCAGGAUCACCAAAAAAAGUGAAAAAGUAUUUGUCAAGCGUGGAUAUGAACUCAAAACUGGACAAAUACCCGAAGCAGUCUUAUCCCGUUUAUGACCGUCAUGGCAAUAACAACCACGAGCGUGAAUUAGACGAACUUGACGAUUUGGAUGAUUUUGAUCUCACCAUCACUCUUUCAGACUACAAGAAGUUGAAGCGGAAAAGUAAGAAAAUAGAUUUUUCUCAAUACGUGGAAACGCCAUCUCAACAUCAAUACAGACAGCACAGAGAAUCUCGAGAUAGCCGGUAUAUUCCACAGCGGCUUUCUUCAAGUGGAGAUUAUAGUAGCAAAAACGUUCUCUUCUCCACUCCAGAGGAUUCUAAGACUGCGCGGUUGACAAAGGAAGGAAAAAUCAAGCUCAUAAGGUCCUUAGGCAAGCCAAUGGUUAGGAAGGUGAUGCCUGCACAUAUAUAUGGCGAGAUAGUUUAUGAUCCACAGCUGAAAAAAUGGUGUGGAAAUGAAGAAGAUUUGGCAAGGUUUGAAACACUGAACUACUCUAAGCCGCAACUGAUCACGAAGAAACAAAGUAUGCCCCAGAUGAUCGGUAAUAUGGUAUACGACGACAAAAAGCUUCGCUGGGUCAGUGUCACGGGCAACUAUGAGGACGACCCCUUUGGUGAGGACUUCGACACAAUAAUGAAUGGGAGUGAGGAGCCGGAGAGGACGAAACCGGGUAUUCUGAAACCGAGCGGCCGGGGCGUUUCUGGGAAAUUAGUGCCGUCAGAAUCGUCCAUGUCUCUAGCCGAUCAUUUGAAAAAGAAAGACAGUUAUUUCAAGGUAACUCCGGAAAUGUACAAGACCUGGAAAACCGAAGAGGGCCGUUGGGUCCGUAAAGUGGGCAACUGGUUUCCCUACGAUGAGAACACACACAAAUUCAAAUACGAGCUGAAAACCUUUCUCAAUCAGCAGUGA